GCCCGUUCACUCUAUUCUCUCUUGAUCUCCAAUCCUUCCAGUCUAAAAUCACUUCAUUUGUCAGAGUGCUGAUACCAGGCCUAUUAACAAGCACAAUGACCAGCAGCGGACAUUCACAGAAGCCUUUCGAGAAGCUGCUCAUCGUAGGAGCAGGACCUUCCGGCUUACUACUCGGGAUCCUCCUUGCCCAGCACAACAUACCUUCCCUAGUCCUCGAAGCGUAUCCCUACCUAGACACCCGCCUUCGAGCAACCCAGUAUGGCGUUCCCGCGACAAGAAUCUUCAGAAGAGCAGGUCUACUCCCAGACUUCAGAAAAGCCAGCAUACCAAAAUUCCCAGCCAUCUGCUGGCGUCGAGUGGCAGAUGGCGAGAAGUUGAUCGAGAUCGACAUGAGCGUUGUGGAAAACGAAGAAGAUAGGAUGACUGUACUUCCACUCGGCGAGAUCAUACAAAUCAUGUACCGUCACGUCAAGGAAAGAUAUGCGGGAUUGAUCGAAGUCAGAUUCAAUCACAAGGUCACGAGUACAGGACAAGACGACAAAAAAGCUUGGGUGAACGUUGACGUUGGGAAUCAAGAAGCUGGAGAAGAGAUCAAACAAGAUCGAAUCAGCGCAGACUACAUUCUCGGCUGCGACGGCGCUGGCUCAGCAGUUCGCCGCAGCCUCUACGGGAAAGAAUGGCCCGGCCAGACCUUCUCGUGCCGUUUCAUGGUCCAGAAUGUUUUCUACGAUGGCUUCAAGGCACACGGCUGGGACGCAGGGAAUUACAUGAUCGACCACGAGCACUGGGGCCUGAUCGCCAAGCGGGGCUACGUCGAAGGUCAAGGCGAUCUCUGGCGUGUCACGUAUGGCGAUCCAGCAGUCGGCCUCACGGAUGAAGAAUAUCUUGCUCGCAGGCCUUGGCAUUUCAAAGCCAUGUUGCCUGGAAAUCCCGAUCCGGACCAGUAUCGUAUUGAGCAGACGAAUAUUUAUAAUAUUCAUAAUCGAUGCGUGGAUUCGUUUAAGGUUGGACGUAUACUGCUGGCAGCUGAUGCAGCUCAUGUAUGCAACCCGAUGGGAGGGUACGGAUGCAUGACUGCAUGCUUGGAUGUCGGUGGUCUUGCCGAUUGUCUGAUUGGAUACUUUGAGGGCAAGGCUGGUGAGGAGAUCCUAGAGACUUAUGCCAAAGUGAGAAGAGAUAUAUUUCUGAGAUAUGUUGAUGCUAGGAGUAUCAAGAACUUGGAGCGAGUGCGAAGUAGUGAUCCUCGGACUGUGAAAGAGACGGAUAAGUUCUUCGGGAUAAUCCAAGAUCUGAAUGCGAAGGGUAAGCAGGCUUUGAAAGAGUUCUUGCUAAAAGUAAGCUCUAUUGAGUACGACUUUACUCAGCACUACGACCGAAAGCCAAGCGACUCCACAGCACGACCAGGAACAAAGGGAAUCGACUCAUCUCAAGUAGAAGUAGCAGAAUCUUGA